AUGCUUGAUAAUCUCAAUGAUGACGUCGAGUCUCGUUUAAGCGAGCUCGAACGUUUGUUAUUCAAUUCGUCGAUCAAAGAUCAAAAUGUGUUGGGUGUUGAAGCAUUACUCGAUGCGUUUAUCGUUCUUUACGAUGAAUGUUGUAACUCGACAUUACGACGAGAGAAAACUAUUGCAGAAUUUAUCGAAUAUGCUAAAACUUUUGUUACACGUGUGAAACGAUGUCGAUUCAGUCGAAAUGAUUUUGAAACGAUCAAAAUUAUUGGACGUGGUGCUUUCGGCGAAGUGGCGGUUGUGAAACUAAAAAAUACCGACCGGGUAUUUGCAAUGAAAACAUUGAACAAAUGGGAAAUGUUAAAACGAGCGGAUACAGCUUGCUUUCGUGAAGAACGCGAUGUUCUCGUCUUUGGUGACCCUCAUUGGCUAACUAAAUUACAUUAUGCGUUUCAAGAUUCAGAAAAUCUGUAUUUUAUUAUGGAUUACUAUUUUGGUGGUGAUCUAUUGACGCUAUUAUCAAAAUUUAAUGAUCAUUUUUCUGAAGACAUGACGCGGAUUUAUGUCGCAGAGAUGGUCCUAGCGAUUGAUUCACUCCAUAAACUUGGUUACGUUCAUCGAGACAUCAAACCCGACAACGUCCUGUUGGAUGGAGAGGGACAUAUUCGUUUGGCUGAUUUCGGUUCCUGCUUACGAAUGCGAGCGGAUGGUACGGUGCAGAGUAAUGUGGCUGUUGGUACACCAGAUUAUAUUUCUCCUGAAAUUUUACGUGCGAUGGAAGCAGGUCAAGGUCGCUAUGGCCCAGAAUGUGACUGGUGGAGUUUAGGAUGUGCGAUGUGGGAAAUGUUAUUUGGUCUACCUCCAUUUUAUGCAGAGAGUCUUCUUGAAACUUACGGUAAAAUCAUGAUGCACGUACAAAAAGAGCUUCCACUGCCAUUUCCAAGUGAUAUUGAAGUAUCGGAUAGUGCCAAGGAUUUAUUGCAGCAUCUUCUAUGUUCAAUUGACAAUCGUUUGGGAAAACAUGGCCUAGAUGAUUUUGUCAAUCAUCCAUUCUUUGCGACGAUCGAUUGGAAAAACCUUCGUCAAUCAACCGCUCCGUAUGUUCCUGUGGUAACCAGUCCAAGUGAUACGUCCAACUUUGAUGUCGAUGAUCUCGAACCAUCGAAUAAAAAUAAUAAAAAGGAUGUUGUUCCUCCUGUUUCGCAAGCAGCCUUCACCGGCCAUCAUUUACCGUUUAUCGGUUUCACUCAUUCAGCUAACAACCGCUAUUCUGAUGGUGCUAUAUCUUCGGCAACAACAGUGACUGUUCCUCUUCCUUCAACUCCUCCGUCUGAUAUUUGUGAUUCUCAAGUAAACAACCAACAUUUAGAAUAUGAAGAAGUCAUUAACUCAUUGAAACUUCAACACACAUCGCUGUUGGAUGAACUCAAACGCCUACGUGAAGUGUACGAACAAACCAAAUCGGAUUCAAUCGAACAAGCUCGUCAAAUCAAAACUCUCGAAGAGACACACAGAACUCAGACAGAGAUAAAUCUCAACGAGCAAAUUGAUUAUCUGUUCAAGAUCUUAAAUCUAUUACAAAACCUGCGCGGAUUCAACGAAACUUUCUCAGAUCAAAAUCUCUUUUCAUUAGAUGAAAUCAAAAGUCAACUCAAUCAACAAAUGAAUUACUUCUCGAAUCUCGACAAGAACUCUUUCGUGAAUAACAAUCAUCAAACUGAUGAAAACCACACACUUUCCAAAUCUCAAUCGUCUAAUCUCGGCAUUUUAUUAAAUAAAUUCGAACAGAAAUUCUCCUCGUUAUUGAACAACAAUUCAUUAAAUGAAUUGGACGAAACUACAGUUGAAAACGAGCACGACGAAGAACUGGAUUUGCUUCCAAAUGAAGAUAUAUUCUUGAAAAAACUCACCAUGUUUCUACAUGAAAUCUACGAGAAAUUCAAAAUCGUUCUACGAGAGAAAAAUGAAUUAGACGACAAGCUAAUCUUCCUCGAAGAAAAACGUCUGACCUAUUCACGCUGGGAAACUCAAAUGUACGAUAUCUUAAAAUGGAUCAACGAAGAGAAAAGUGCGCGAUCACAUUUGAAAGGCUUAGCGAACAAAAUGGCCGAAGAACUCGAUCAGAUUCGUGAAACAACAAGUCCGUUAUUAAACAUAGGAAGCACUUCAUCAUCAAUGAAUGCAGCUGGAACAAGUCUCGGACACAACACGGCUUGGAAACAUGGCCGAUCUGUCAAACUAAAACACAUGGAAAUUCAACAAUUGCAAACAUCGCUGCAAAAAGAAAUCGACGCAAAACAACGCAUACAGGAAGAAUUGAAAGAAUCACAAGCAGAGAAUAUCCUCAAAGCGGAAGAAAAUCUGCGUCUCAAAGAAGAAAUUGAAAAACUCCAAAAACAACUAACUCAUGAACAAUCGAAACCAACUGUCAAAUCACCUGUUGCUCAUAGCGUUUCAGAUGAAAUGUCAAAUCUGAAUAACAACUCGUCGAUUGAUCGAUUUCUCCGAAACGUCACUGCAGGAUUAUCUGAUACACCGGCGAUCUUCAAUGAUACGAACAAUGAUUUAUCGGGCACAUUUGACGAUGGAAGUAGUAUGGGUGGUGAUGAUUCAUCUCGAACAAUGUCGGGAUCGAAUAAUAAGAUUCAAACAAUACGUCCGUUGAUACCACUUCGAAAUGAUUUACACGAUUUUAUGAUCGCUAAUUUUCAUGUGACAGCUAUGUGUGAUGAUUGUCAAAAUGCGUUAAUCGGCAUCGUUCGUCAAGGCUUCGUUUGUCAACGUUGCAAACUUAUCUGCCAUCCCGAUUGCAUGGAGAAAAUCUCAACACCAUGUCGACCAUCAAUCAAAGAUCGAAGCCGAACUAUUCUACUCGAUCAACAUAUCGUUCGAAUUCCGAAAGCAGGUGGAAUUAAGAAAGGCUGGAGUAAAUAUCAAUUGCUCAAUCUCCAAACGAAGCUACUCUUCUAUGAACUAUCAUCGGACAAAGAUCAAAAAAUCACCUGGCCACAGCCAGCCUUCAUCGUUGAUCUCACGGAUGACGAAUUCCUUGUUUCAUCCGUGACAUCAUCGGAUGCAUAUCAUGCGAACAAAAAAGAUGUUUCGAGCAUAUUUAAAAUCAGCGUAUUGAAACUAUCUUCACCGAAACAAUUUCAACAUACACUCCUACUAACAAACAACGAAACGGAGAAAAACCAAUAUGUCAAUAUGUUAUCUGAUCUUUCGACAAAAGUCAAAACAUUGAAACAAAACGGUGCUACGCGUGGUGCAAAUUUUAUUGCCAAAGAAUUAUUCGACACAUCGAAAACAUCGAGUCUCAAAGAAGCAACAGCUGCUGUUAUUCUUGAUCAAGAUCAUGCGAUUGUUUGUGGUGAAGACGGACUCUACUUACUCGAUGUUUCUAAAGAUACGUCAACGAAAUUAAGUGAUAAGAAAGUUCAUCAACUUUCGUUGAUUUCAAGUAGUGAUCUACUGGUAACCUUAUCUGGUAAACAGCGAACAAUUCGUUUGCAAUCAUUAAAAGCUUUACUCGAUCAUCCGUCAUCGUCAUCGGAUAGCAAAAUUGUUGAAACGAAAGGUGCGACGACAUUUGCUGCUCAUUCAGCGUCAUUGAUCCUUGCUGUUGCCAUCAAAAAUCGUAUUCUCGUUUACCAAUUGUUCUCAACACCAAAACCGUAUCAUUACUCGUUUAUCAAAGAAUUCAAUAUCAUACAGAAUGUCACGUAUUUGGAAAUUUCAACGAUUAAUAUUAACCAAUCGGAACAACAGAUUUUAUGGUAUGGUUAUCCGUCAACAUUCGUUGCACAACGACUUGAUCAACAAUCGUCGAGUGUUUCGUUAUUGAGAGAUGAAGAUCCAACAUUACAAUUCUUUCGGGAUCGACCAAUUGAAGCAUUACGUGUUGUGCCUGUUACAACUUCAUCGUCAGUCAAUGAACUGUUACUUGUAUUUCGUGAAUUGGGUAUCUAUGUUAGUUCAUCGACUGGUAUGCGAACACGCCAUAAAGAAUUAAUGUGGACUGCUUUGCCCAUCUCGACGGGCUUUUGCGAUCCAUAUCUAUUGAUAUAUACGGAUAAAUCCAUCGAUAUCUAUGAUGUUCCAUCAGGUAUAUGGUUACAAUCAUUACCAUUAUCACGUACGCGCUCAUUGAUGCCCGAUGGUUCGAUAUGUUUAUCACAUGAUCCUGAACUUCUUAAUCAUCAUCCGAAACUACUCUAUUUGACUCAGAAAACCAAUUUGAAUCCAUCUUUGAAUGUACCUGAACGUGCAUCAUCGAAAAGUUUAGCAGCACGUGGCGGAAGAUUUCGCGUUGGCGGUGGCGGUGGUGUUAGUGGUACGAUGAAGUCAACUACCUCGACAUCAAUCGCACCCAUAUCAGGACCAAAAGAUUUCACUCACAUAUCGCAUUUAGGCAAAGGCGAAGGUUUACAAAUCAUAUCAGGUUUAAAACAAGUUAGUCCAACCAAUACACUCUCAUCAAUUACUCAUGGAAAUAGUGGAACGAUUUUGAAUAAUACUAACCGUCGAUCGUUAAUAUCUGGUCCACAGAAUUUUGUUCAUUUAACGCAUAUUGGCCCAUCGGAUAUUUCAACGUUUGCGUCGGAUUUAACAACAACAAAUUCAGCGGCGAAUAAAGCUGUUAUAUCUGCGCCGAUGAACUUCCGUCAUCAAGUUCACAUUGGCCAUAAUGAUGAAAUAGAUGGGGUGAAUAAAAAAUCAACUUCUCAUGACCAACAGCCGAACAGUGUCAAACAGCAGCAAGUGACGAGUAGUGGGAAUUCGACAUUAUCGUCUCAAUCACUUUCAUUUAAAGAUGAUGAUGACGAUAGUGAUCAACCUGUUGAAUGA